ACGAGCCAGCCCCACACCUUUACUCCAAAAAAUGAGAGGGACGGUUUAGAUAGUCCGAUCGGAAGCACUUCCGUUCCCUCGGAACCGUGUACAAGUAGGUCCGUGGCGUCGUCCCUCCUUUCCACUCCGUUUCUGAAACUAUUAGCUAUUUCGGGCAACAACCUUUAGAUUUGGUCAUAGUUCCUCUAAAAUGGAAUGACGAAUAAUCUGCACCAUCCUUUCCUCACAGUGGCGUCCAAAUUCCAGCCAAAGGCAAACAAAAUUUUCACGUAGCCAAGUGUUUAGAACUUAACGCUGUGUAGUCAGGCAAAUCUACGACCUCCGCUAGAUCGAUCAUAAGCCGUGUGACCUUGCAAAAGUCUUGCUACCUGUAAGUCUAAAGUAACGCAGGAGUGCACGCACUGCAUCUCGGACAAAAACAACAUUUACGCUUUGUUUGUACCGAGUUAAGAGUGACGCCCUCCAGGGCCAUAGGAGCAGGCGCUGGCGACGAGACGCUGGCACCGUGUUGAUGACAUCACUUCCGGAGCGACAGGUUCGGCCUCUCUUGCUCUUUUAAAAACGCAGUCGACCGUCUUUGCUAGGGGAACGAAACCAGUACUAGCCACUGUCGUUCACGAGGAAGGAGUUAUCUGUAGAGUUAAGUAUGCUAAUACUGAAUAAGACAACAGGAGUUUUUUCUAAACCAUCAAGAAGGAAACCUUAUGAAUUUUUAAGAAGUUUUAAUUUUCAUCCUGGAAAACUGUUUCUUCAUAAACUAGUAUUAGGAAUUGAAACCAGUUGUGAUGAUACAGCAGCUGCCGUGGUGGAUGAAACUGGAAAUGUUUUGGGAGAAGCAAUACACUCCCAAACUGAAGUUCAUUUAAAAACAGGUGGGAUUGUUCCUGCAGUAGCUCAGCAACUUCACAGAGAAAAUAUUCAACGAAUAGUGCAAGAAGUGCUCUCUGCCAGUAAAGUCUCUCCAAGUGAACUCUCAGCAAUUGCAACUACUGUAAAACCAGGACUUGCUUUAAGCUUGGGAGUAGGCUUAUCAUUUAGUUUACAACUAGUAGACCAGUUAAAAAAACCUUUCAUUCCCAUUCAUCAUAUGGAGGCUCAUGCACUUACUAUUAGGUUGUUAAAUAAAGUAGAAUUUCCCUUUUUAGUUCUUUUGAUUUCUGGAGGUCAUUGUCUGUUGGCAUUAGUUAGAGGAGUUUCAGAUUUUCUGCUUCUGGGAAAGUCUUUGGACAUAGCACCAGGUGACAUGCUUGACAAGGUGGCAAGAAGACUGUCUUUGAUAAAACAUCCAGAGUGCUCCACCAUGAGUGGUGGGAAGGCUAUAGAACAUUUGGCCAAACAAGGAAAUAAACUGCAUUUUGCUAUCAAACCUCCCAUGCAACGAGCUAAAAAUUGUGAUUUUUCUUUCUCUGGACUUCAGCAUGUUAUUGAUAAGAUAAUAAUGCAAAAGGAAAAAGAGGAAGGGCUGCAGAGGGGGCAAGUCCUGUCUUCAGCUGCACACGUUGCCGCUGCGGUACAGCACACCACGGCGUGCCACGUGGCAGAGAGAACUCACCGUGCCAUUCUGUUCUGCCAGCAGAGACGCUUGUUAUCUCCAAGUAAUGCAGUACUGGUUGUAUCUGGGGGCGUUGCAAGUAACUUAUACAUCCGAAAAGCUCUGGAAAUUGUCACAAAUGCAACACAGUGCACUUUGCUGUGUCCUCCUCCCAGACUGUGCACUGACAAUGGCAUUAUGAUUGCAUGGAACGGUAUUGAAAGACUGCGUGCUGGCGUGGGCGUUUUACACAACACAGAAGGCAUCCGCUAUGAACCCAAAUGUCCUCUUGGAGUAGAUAUAUCAGAAGAAGUUGGAGAAGCUGCCAUAAAAGUACCACAGUUAAAGAUGGAGAUUUGAUUUUUGCUUUUCAAAAAAAUCCCUAAAGGUAUCAUCUUCCCUGGAGCAAUUGGGAUGUCUAUACAUUUCUUAAAAUCCAUCUGAGAUUUUAAGAAAUAGGACAGGCAAGUAAUCCUUCAAGUGUGUAUUGUACUUUUUAGUUGACCAUGUAAUGUUUACAUGCAUUAUUUUAGAAACUGUAUUUAAUCAAUGAAAAUAUAUGAGAUGUGAAGGUUUUUGGUUUGUGUUUGGAUAAUUUCCUUUGAAUCUGAAGCUUUAUCACUUUUUUUCUGCCUAAAGUAACUAAAUGUACUGUCCUUUGAAUAUAAAAACAAUGCUACUGACUUUAAUGUCCUUUGAGAGAUUUUACCAGUAAAGAGUUAUAUUAUAUCAUCCA